AUGCAAGUGCUUAGUCCUUCAAUGCUAUUUGCACCCCCAAAUGCAAAUGAAAGUUUCAUGAAUGAAAACAAACAAUGUCAUGACAAUACAACUUCUCUACCAUUACAAAUUACCAACAUACCCUCAGAGUUCAUAUGGCCAGAACAUGAGAAACCAUGUUUAACACCACCAAAACUUGAAGUUCCACCUAUUGAUUUAAAAGCUUUUCUCUCUAAUGAUCCAAAUUCCAUCUCAAAUGCUUGUUCAGAAGUGUAUCAUGCAUGCAAAAAACAUGGCUUUUUUCUUGUUGUUAACCAUGGUGUUGAUAACAAACUCAUAGCUCAAGCUCAUAAGCUUGUUGAUGAAUUCUUCUGCAUGCAACUAUCUGAGAAGCAAAGAGCUCAAAGAAAGAUGGGUGAACAUUGUGGUUAUGCUAAUAGUUUUAUUGGAAGAUUUUCUUCCAAACUUCCAUGGAAGGAAACACUCUCUUUUCGUUACUCCGGGAACAACUCAUGCAAAACUGUGGAGGACUAUUUUGUAAAUGUCAUGGGAGAAGAUUUCAGACAAUUUGGGAGUGUGUACCAAAACUAUUGUGAAGCUAUGAGCAAUCUCUCUCUUAGCAUAAUGGAGCUUCUUGGUAUGAGCCUAGGAGUUGACAAGGAAUAUUUUAGAAACUUUUUUGAAGGAAAUGACUCAGUUAUGAGAUUGAAUUACUAUCCACCAUGCAAAAAUCCUGAUUUAGCAUUAGGAACUGGACCUCAUUGUGACCCUACUUCACUAACCAUUCUCCACCAAGAUCAAGUUGAAGGUCUUCAAGUGCUUGUGGAUGGAAUAUGGCACUCAGUUGUUCCUAAAGAAGAUGCUUUCGUGGUCAACAUUGGUGACACAUUUAUGGCUCUAUCAAAUGGAAUUUUCAAGAGUUGCUUGCAUAGAGCAAUUGUAAAUGACAAAAUAGUGAGAAAAUCACUUGCAUUUUUUCUCUGUCCAAAUGAAGACAAAAUGGUCACUCCUCCAAAAGAGCUUAUUACCAAAGAGAAUCCAAGGAAAUAUCCAAACUUCACAUGGCCAAGUUUGCUUGAAUUUACACAAAAAUAUUACAGGGCUGAUGAAAGAACACUUGAUGUUUUUUCAAUGUGGCUACAAGAAAAAACAAGUACCUAG